UACAAAUGGCUACCUGAGAACCUCAAACCUAUGUUUUGAUAAUAAAUAUUUAUUCACCAUGGGAGGUCUUCUAGAUGAGAGAGUGGUUUUGGAGACCAUUUUCAACAACUAUGAUACAGAUGGAAAAGGGAGCCUGUCUCCAAUACAGAUGCAGAUACUGCAUGGAGAUCUCCGAAUGGGAGGAAUCAGUUUACCACAAGUUAUGGAGUCAAUGAAGUAUGUGUGUGUCCAUCGCAGUUUCUGCGAGUCCUCAGAGCUUUAUGCUCUACUACAGGAGAUGGACCGUCGCUACUUCCUGAUUCAGGACUUCAGAUGGGAAUUCUCCAUGAUAGAUGUACAUCACAAAGACACCAUUACACAGGACGAAGCUCGAUGGUUUGUUCAAACUGUCCAUGGCCGCCAUUUCUCCAGGAAGAAGUGGGAGGAGUUUGUUAAGGGCCGUCCGAUUCCUGGCAGUGCUGUUGCAUUUGCUGAGAUAGAAGUUAUGUUGUGCAGUAUUCCAAACCGCCUGGAUCUGCAGACAGAGAAAAUGGAGGAGGAACAGGAGAGAGAGGAUCGAUUAAGAAGAGAAAGGUUAGCAGAAGAAGAAGUGGCAAGGUUAAAGAAGAAGAGAGAUGAGGAACGGAGAAAGCAAGAAGAGGGACAAAGGAGAGAUGAAGAAUUGCGAAGAAAAAGACAACUUGAAGAUGAAGAAAGAGAAAUCAGCACAGAACUAAAUGAGGAGGAGGAGGAAGGAGAAGAAACCGAGGAAACCGAGGAAGAAAUUCGUCACCGAGAGAGACAGAGACAAGAGGAAGAAGAGAGAAGAAGGAGGGAGGAAGAGGAGGAAUUGGAACGAUUAAGGGAGUUGGAGAAAAAACAGAGAGAAGAGGAAGAGAGGAGGAAAAAAGAAGAAGAAGAGCUAUAUAAAGAUGUGGAAAAAUUCGCUAAGGAUGCUGAAGAGAAAGAGAAGAAGACAAAAGAGGAGCUGGAUAAACUGAAGAAGAAGGGAGGUUCUGAGGAGGAGCAGAGGAGGUUACGUAAACAGUUACAAGAUGAAAGGCACAGAAAACUACGGUACAAUUUGAAAGUGGCAAUCAAAAGUCGGGAUCGGUACCAGCUGGACUACAACAUCACAGAGUUCAAGAAGGAGAAGCUAGAAGAUACAGACAUGGACCUGAAGAAAGCAGAGAAAAUUCUGAAGGAACUCCUCGUCAGAGACGACUUACAUCGUGCUAUGACAAAACGAGAAUUAGAAGAAUUAGAGAAGGCAAUCAAUGCAGUGAAGAAGCAUGGAUUGGAAGUUCCACUGGCCAAGGAGCUAGGCGAGGCUAACAAGCUGUUUACACGACUGAAGCGGCUGGAGCGUAUCCGUCACGAGAUCCUGGAGCUGAAGCAAGCGACUGUAGCGGAGAUCAGAAGUUAUCAGAACCCUCCCCCCAUGGUUCACAAGAUCAUGACGGCAACCUUCUUAUUACUUGGCCACCAGGAAAAGGAAACCAAGAUUUGGAAAGCUGUCCAAGCUUUGGUGGGAAAAACAGGAAAGGAAAGCUUGAAGAGACGCUGUAUUGAAUGCAAGCCUGAAAACAUUCCACUGACCCCAGCAAAGAGGGCUAAGUCACUGUUAGAAGAAUUUGACCUUGAGGAGGUCAGGGACGUGUCAGCUGGCGCGGCCACUUUCUAUGUCUGGGCUUCGGCAAUGAUCGAGGAGUUAGAGGACCUAACCGCCCAAAAGGAAGCAGCAAAGAAAACAGCGUCUUAGUAAUAAUAUAUA